CAUCAUUCACCAUGAAUUCGAUCAGGAUGUUGGUUUUUGCUUUUCUCAUCACCUGCUUUUUACCUCUGAUGUCGUUGACAGUCGUUCAGGAUUUCAAUCAUGUAGAGAGGUGCAAGGACUCCCUGUACAUGGGGACGCCACCGCGGGGCUUCUUCGACAUAAGGCUAAAGAAGAUCUGCCAAAAAUACGCAGACUUACCUCGCUAUGUGACCCUGUAUGACCCUCAGAAGAGGAUUCCAGUUUACUCAGCGUAUACCUUCAAGAAGACAGAGGAGGAGAGACUGGUGGACUACCCUUGGAUGUAUGAGCCACAGCUGGCAGAAACCGAUGGCAUCGGGAACAUGAUGCCCUUCCCCACAGGCUACCUACACAUGAAGUUUGAGGACAGCCAGGCAGUCCUGGAAGACUACUCUGACGUGGUCCUCUACGAGAGAGCCCACCUGAACCCAGACCAGCACCAGUCCACCCCCCACGACCGCGCCGCCACCUACACCCUGACCAACGUGGUCCCAGAGAUCCGUGAGUUCAACAUUGGGCCUUGGCGUGAGUACGAGGAGCGGAUCCGGGUCCGCCUCAACAACUUCUGCCGCGGCACGGCCUACAUUGUGACCGGGGUGACCACCAAGGGCAACAUGAUCCGCCGAAACAACCAGGACCGCGUGGCCAUUCCCGAGGACGUGUGGUCGGCCUACUGCUGCACCGACUACGACCGGAACUCACCACACCACGUCCGCAUCCGCUUCCCGUCCCAUGCAGCCCUGGCCAAAAACGCCAAAGAGGGCAACAGUGUGCACGAGAUGACGGUGCAGGAGCUGGAGAUGUUUAUAAGAAGCAAUAUGGACGUUGAUCAGAACCUUCAGCUCUUUUAUGACAACUGCAUCUCUCCAUCACCACUUCCUCUUUACCUGCAGCACACCAUCUGAAAACCACUCCACUUAUACCUUCUGUCCAUGUCGGUUUCUAUUUGCGGCAAUUUCAAAAAAUGUUGCACCUCAGUUAUUCUAUUAGAAAGUUUCUAAAAAAGUGCUUGAUAACACUAAAGAAACUUCUCCUCAGCAAAGAACGUGUUCUUUUAUCAUAUCCCCACACAAAUUUCACAGAUCUGCUUUGUUGAGAAGAUAAUUAUUA